UGAUACAUUGAAGAUAAAAAGGGUACUUGAGUUCUUUGAUAUUACAAAGAAAAUGAUCAGAUUGGGUUUUCUUGUUUUGUUCGUCGGAAUUGGUACAGCUUACGCAGAAGUUUCUCGAGAUGCUAUGAGAAAGAUUGACAGAUUGAAUGAGGAAGGUCCAUAUUUUGGUAUCGUAGUGCCCAAUGCCUUUGAGAUGAAUCCUCUUCUUCAGUCUCAGAAUUUUGUAGCUCAUGCUCAAGUUCCCUACUUGGAUUUUUCAGGGAGAAGAUUUAGGAUAGGGAAGGUGGAAAAUGUGAAGGUUAUAAUUGUCAUGACAGGAUUAAGCAUGCUAAAUGCAGGUGUAACUACACAAUUACUGCUAAGUCUAUUCAAGGUAAAUGGCGUUGUACACUAUGGAAUUGCAGGAAAUGCAAAUCCUUCUCUCCAGAUUGGAGAUGUGACUAUCCCUCAAUACUGGGCUCACACUGGCCUUUGGAAUUGGCAGAGGUACGGAGAUGGGCCUGACGAUCAACUCCCUUUAGAAUCUAAUGGAGACUAUACCAGGAAAAUAGGUUUUCUCGACUUUUCUGAUUACAACAACAAGACUGACACCAAACUUGGCAAGCAAUCAGUAGAUAACCUGUUAAACAAUGUCUGGUACCAACCUGAAGAGAUCUUUCCUGUAAAUGGAGUUCCUGAAGUUAGACAGCAUGCCUUCUGGGUUCCUGUUGAUAAACAUUACUUCAAAAUCGCGAAGAAAGUUCAGGGACUGAAGUUAGAAGGAUGUGUGAAUUCAACAUGCUUGCCAAGAACACCUGUAGUGGUGAGAGUAAAAAAGGGGGUCAGUGCAAAUGUUUUUGUCGACAAUAGUGCUUAUCGCGAAUUCCUGAACUCCAAAUUCAAUGCAACCCCAAUUGAUAUGGAGAGUGCAGCAGUCGCCCUGAUCUGUCAACAGCAGCGUACACCUUUCAUCGCUAUCAGGGCUUUGUCUGAUUUAGCAGGUGGGGGUUCUGCUGUUUCAAAUGAAGCUGGUAUUUUUGCCUCUUUGGCUGCUCAAAAUUCUGUUGCUGCUUUACUUAGAUUCAUUGCUUUAUUGUUUGCUUAAUUAGUCAUGUAAUUCUUCCAAGAGACUGGCUUCCAUCAUUUAGUUGAUAAUUACACAAAUAAAUGGAAAUUUAAAUUGAUAAUUAA